AUGUGUGAUAACUUACCACUCUGCGAACAAUUUUUUAAUAUAAUUGGAAAAGACUAUGAAGAUAAUAUAGAAGUACGCUUUUCCUUUUCUCCAGAUCAGCAAAAUGUUAAAGAUAAUAUUUUUAUUUCUGAAUCGAAGAAUCUGGCAGAGAUAAUUUGUUUCAAAUCUACCUUGGCAAAGUUAUUUAUUGAAUCUCAUACUUUUUUUGAGAAAUAUUUAAAAAAUAAUAAUGAAUUAAUUGGUAGUUUACAGUGCUUUUAUUGUACAAUUGGGAUGUUAGUGACUGCACCUUCUCAUCAAACAAUUUUAAACAUUCAUGAAAAAAUUUUAAGAAACUUAAUGGUUAUCUUACCAGAACAAGAAAAAUCAAUAUUAUUUCAGCAAGAAGUGAAUUUCUGUGAACGAAUUUUAUCAUCUACAUCAAAUCGUUUGAAUAAAUCGUCUAUAUUUUGGUUAUAUUAUAAAAAAUUAUUUAUAAUAUAUUGUCAUAACUUUCCUCAUUUAGAUUUUUCAUUUGCAAGAACGAUAAUUAAAUCAGCAGAACUUCAUCUAUCAAAUUAUUACUGUUGGAAUACUGCUAGAUGGUAUUUUGAUAUAGUUGCCAUUGAAGGAAAAACCGAUCUUUUUAAUAAAGCAUUGGAAUAUUCAAUUUCACAUGUAAGUGAUAUUUCAUCAUGGGAUUUUCUAACUUAUGUUACACGGCAAAUUUAUUCAACAGAUAAAAAUAUUUCAUUUUUCAAUGAAUCAUGUAGAUUACAAAAUAAUAUGAAUUUAUCUAGAAAUUAUUUUCAAUUUAAUUUUGAAAAAAUUUCAGCCCCUAAUCUCGGUGAAAUAUCUGAGAAAGUCUUUCAUUUGAUUGACUAUUGCGGGAUAUCAUCCUUACCACCAUUCUUAUUUUUAUUAAAUUUGAAUCAAUUAUAUAAUAACAUUUUUACAGAGAAAAAAAAAAAUUCCUGGAAAAAUGAUAUUAGUAUCUUUGAAGAAAAAUUCGGUUCUAUUACUCUUGGCUACAUUCAUCAAGGAAGUAAUACUCCUUUGGAUCCUAUCUUAUCGUAUUCAAAUGUAAAGUAUAAAAAGUAUAUUUUAUCAAAAAUCUAA